AUGCCUCCACGAAGAGUAGUCAAAGGUCGUCCAUCGAGGAAAAAUGUUGAACCACAAGAGCAAGGGGUGCCUAAUGCACAAAACGUGAAACCUCAAGGAGAUGUCACCAAUGUUGAAUUCCGUGAAGCAAUCCGGAUACUAAGUCAAGUCGUGACUAACCAGAGCACUUUCGAGUAUCCAGAGAAUUUCAUCGAGGAACUGAAAAAGGUAUUUGAGGUGAUGCAUGUUGCUGACACUGAGUGGGUUGAGAUAGCUGCAUACCAACUCAAGGGUGUUUCUAGGACAUGGUUUGAUCAGUUGAAGAAGGGUAGAAAUGAGGAUGCAGCACAUCUGAGUUUGGACUAUUUUGAAGAAGCUUUAUUGAGGCAUUUCUUUCCUCGAGAAUUGAACAAGGCUAAGGGACCCAUACCAUCUUCUUCUAGUGUAAUCGCACCUAGAAACAAAGGUCAGCAUCAUGGACAGAAUUCACAGACUUUCAAGGCUAGACCAACACAAUCUCAAGUAGCUCCACCAGACAAGGAUGCACCUAGAGGAUCUACUUCUAGUAUUGGUGGAGGACCAAAUCGCCUUGAUGGAAUCACGAGUCGAAAAGAUCAAGAGAACUCACCAAAUGUUGUCACUAGUAUGAUCAAAGUCUUUGAUUUUGAUAUUUAUGCUUUGAUAGACCCAGGAGCAGGUUUAUAUUUUGUAACCCCUUAUAUUGCUAAUAAGUUUGAUAUUAUUCUUGAGAAACUCUGUGCACCCUUUUGGGUUUCAACACCUAUUGAGAAGUCUAUUCUAGCUGAGCGAGUAUAUCCUGAUUGUGUUAUUUCCAUCGAUCAGAAACACACCUUGGCUGAUUUAAUUGAGUUAGACAUGGUAGAUUUUGAUGUCAUUCUGGGUAUGGAUUGA